CGCUCAGUUCUCCAUCACACACCCUCACCUCAUUCCACAUACGAUUAUGAUCGACCCCAACUCUCUCAAGGUCACGGAGCUCAAGGCAGAGUUGACCACCCGCGGUCUGUCGACCAAGGGUUUGAAGAAGGAGCUUGUAGCGCGUCUAGAGGAGGCAUUGGCAGCAGAGAGAACCACCCCAGCGCCUGCAGAGUCGGUCACAGAGCCCGACGUCGCACCCAAGGAAGUGGAGACAAAUCAAGGCGAUAAUUCGACAGAUAUGGAUACAAAUGCGCCAUCCAAAUCACCAACGACUACAGCAUCAGAGGUGCAGGAGAUAACACAGAUCGUCAAGCCCGUGACAGAACCCAAAACCGAUGCAGAUGAAGCAGUUGUCAAUACACCGCUACCACCAGUACCAGCCGUCGCAGAGGAGAAGGGAGAGCAACAGGAUGAGCUAAUGGAGGGAUCAAUGAUCUUGGAGCCAGUGGUCGGCACACCAACGCUUACGCAGGAGGGCCUUGUGGAUACGACCACAACCUCGGCCACCGGCAACACAAUUGUCGCCGCCUCUACCGAAUCGAAGAAGCGUUCUCUGGAUACAGCGGACGCAUCUAGUCAACAAGGACUAGCUACCGGGAAUGCUUCACAGCCCAAGGAAAUACCAGCAAAGAGGCUGAAGGCAAUCGAAAUCAAGCGGGAUCAAUUCGAGGCAAUGGCAGCAGCCGCAAAGGAUGCAGUCGAGGCCGCUGCACGCCGUCGUAGCAUGGCACCCUCUCCAUCGCCAGCACCGGGGCGUCCAAUUCUAACAACAACGACAACAACAUCCUCAACAGCCACUGUGGCCGAGGACAACUCUUCACAGUCAUCAACACCUUCAGCACCAAGAUCACCCACUGAGGAUCGGAAGGGUGGACGGAGAUUUGAUGCAAGAUCCAUGAUGGAGAAACAGAUCAAACUGGCGGCGAAGGAUCGUCAGCCCGAGGUGAGUUCAAAAAAUUCAGGACCGUCGCAGUCAGCACCCUCACCACCCUCAGCAUCCAUUGAAGCCUUAAAAGAGAUAUCAGAAGAGCCGGGUGCGACACUCCCUUCAGAGACAACACGCGCUCUUGCGAUCACAAACUUUCUCCGUCCUUUGACAGUGAACCAGGUCAAGAGGAUGCUUUCAGAGUUUGGCGAGAUCGAAGUUUUGUGGAUGGACAGCAUCAGGACACAUUGCUAUGUCAUUUACAAGGAAGCGGCGUCAGCAGAGAAGGCAUACAGUCAAGUGAAGGGACAAGUGUUCCCAAAAGAGACAGGCAAACCAUUAGAACCUCACUUCAUCGCACCUGAGGCAGCAGCAGCGAGCAUAGACGCAGCAGAAAAGGCUCAAAAGAGCGGAAAUCGACCUGUGAUCUACACUGGUCAGGGUGAACCGGCUGCUGUAUCAAAACCUGCAGUUGCACCGCACCUGGAUGAUGUUGAAGUUGUUGUGUUCAAACGCGAGAAAGUGGAGCAGAAGCAGGAGACACAGGUUGUCCAGCCGACUGAGCUGUUCAAGAUGACAAAGGCUCAGCCCGCAUUGUAUUACAAGCCCGUCAAGGAGCCCCCAACGGCCACCACAGACGCAAGUGAAUCGCUAUCUGAGGCAACUCUAUUGUCAGUUCCCAUGGCAGCAACGGGAGCCAACUAGUGAAUGUCCUGCACUUCUUUUUUUACCUUCCAUUCCUAAUAGAUAUGUGCUUUCAAGACACCACUAGAAAACCACCAAUCCUUCAUCAAGGAAAAUAAUAAACGAGAUGAAAAAAAA